AUGCUUGAUGGAAAUUACACAUUGGUAACAGAAUUUAUUCUACUGGGAUUUCCCACAAGGCCAGAACUGCAAGUUGUCCUAUUCCUGGUGUUUCUAUUCAUGUACAGCAUGAUUCUAAUGGGAAAUAUUGGCUUGAUGAUGUUAAUUAGGGUGGAUCCUCGUCUCCAGACCCCAAUGUAUUUUUUCCUUAGCAACCUGUCCUUUGUAGAUCUCUGUUAUUCCUCAGUCAUUGUCCCCAAAAUGCUAGUUAAUUUCCUUUCAGAAAAUAAGUCUAUCUCCUAUUAUAGUUGUGCACUCCAGUUUUACUUAGCUUGUACUUUUGCUGACACAGAGUCCUUCAUUUUGGCUGCAAUGGCUUAUGAUCAUUAUGUAGCCAUCUGUAACCCACUGUUAUAUACUGUUGUGAUGUCUCGUGGCAUUUGUGUGUGGUUGAUUGUCUUGUCUUAUAUUGGUGGCAACUUGAGCUCCUUGGUGCACACAUCCUUUGCUUUCAUACUGACAUUUGACAAAAACAUAAUCAAUCACUUUUUCUGUGACCUCCCCCCACUACUCAAACUUUCUUGCACUGAUACUUCCAUCAAUGAACUCUUACUCUCCACUUAUGGAAGCUCCGUGGAGGUCAUCUGUUUCAUCAUCAUCAUCAUCAUCUCUUAUUUUUUUAUUCUCCUCUCUGUCCUGAAGAUUCGCUCUUCCAGUGGGAGGAAGAAAACUUUCUCCACAUGUGCCUCUCACCUGACCUCUGUGGCCAUCUACCAGGGAACACUACUCUUUAUUUACUCCCGACCCAGUUAUCUCUAUUCACCCAAUACAGACAAAGUAAUCUCUUUGUUCUAUACCAUUGUCAUCCCUGUACUGAAUCCAUUGAUCUACAGCCUGAGGAACAAGGAUGUGAAAGAUGCAGCCAGGAAAGUUCUAAGUACAAAGGUAUUAUCAUCCUGA